AUGAUGGAAAAGGUGGUCGCGCCGUUGUCCCAUUAUAAGAAAAUCCUCAAGGAUUUUCCUCGCAAUAUGAUGUUCUGCUUUGCCUACGGAUCCGGUGCGUUCAAGCAGAAGAAUGACCCUGCUAGGAACAUGCUGGACCUCGUGUUUGUCGUACGCAACUCGAAUCGAUGGCACGCGGAAAAUAUGAAGCGAAACAGCCACCAUUACGCUCAGCCCCUGAGGCUAAUGGGCCACAAAGCUGUGGCAAAUUUCCAGGAGACUUGGGGUGCCAAAAUUUAUUACAACACUCUGAUAACUUCGAGUGAAGGACGCCUCAUCAAGUACGGAGUAAUCUCUGAAAUCUCCUUGGUGGAGGAUCUUCUUGACUGGGACUCGCUCUACUUAGCAGGGAGGCUCCACAAGCCGGUACAAAUCUUGGUGGAGCCUGAUGAAAACUCACAAAUUGGUGCAGCCCUCGUGCGUAAUCUUCACUCCGCUGUUCACGCCGCUCUUCUUCUAUUGCCAGAGCAUUUUACUGAGAGCGACUUGUACAGAGAAAUUGCCGGACUCUCCUACAGAGGCGAUUUCCGCAUGAGCUUCGGCGAGGACAAGAAUAAAAUAAUCAACAUCGUAGCUCCUCAAAUAGCCAACUUUCGGGAACUUUACGCACCGAUCCUCAAGCAGUUUGAUAAAUACAUUGAAAUUCCAAAGAGCGAACUGGCUGCGGUCGAUUGCCAUCAAGACACGAGUCCUGCCGCAAGGAUUCACCAUUUAAAUCAUUUGCCCCGGAAACCCCAAGUCAAGUUGGUUCGAGCUUGGUCCCAAGGCCCCCGGUCAAAGGACACGGAGGAUUGUUUGAGGGCCAUCGCACACGAUCCCGAUUGCAGCGAACUUCUGGAUGAAUCGCUUAGAGAAAUUGUCUGGAAAUCCAGCGUGUCGCAGAGUCUUAAAGGAAUUCUCACCGCCGGCUUCCUCAAAUCCGUUCGUUACAGCGGUGCCAAAAUUAGCAAAAUGCUAGCGUCGCAGCCGGGAGAGCAAAAUGUUUUGAGGCUUGCGCACCAAUCGGGCGAUGAUAAAAUAAAACCUAUUUAUGAGAACAUUGUGAAGAAAGAAAAUGUUGAAAAAGAAAUACCAAAAUGA